CCGCGAUUAGCCGCUGCGACCGGCGUCGGUCCGAGACGGCCGCGCGAUCAGCCAAUAAUCAUGGCGCGCGCUACGUAACCAACUGUUUGCGACCGCUCCGCCAUGUUGUGUAUGCAGCGCGGGUCAGUGGCGCGUGUAUAUGGGUCUUUCGUGAACAUUUUCUCUCUCGCGUCAAACAUUGAGUGUGCAUGAAUUUCCCUGUCUGAUUAACGGGGCAUAUCGCGCGCGCAUGAUGGAUCCGUCUAAAUUGAAAGUGGUGGAGUUGCGAGCCGCGCUAGGCGAGCGCGGCCUCGACACCAAGGGCAACAAGCCAGUGCUCGUCGAGCGGCUACGCAAGGCUCUCGAGGAGGAAGCAGAGGAGUAUGAUCCAGCUUUUCACACAGAGAGUAUUAGUGAUACAGCUUUGAAAGAGACACAAGAGAGAUCGUCGCAAUCACCGAGAACACCUAGUAGAGCAUCUAGGAGUUCCUCGAUGACGACUCCAACAAAAAUUUCCACGAGAAACGCAUCAAAAGCGUCUACUCCAAUUUCUUCAAAGCAAUCUACUCCGGUCAAAUCUCAAUACGAUGAGAAAGCAUACGAGACAUUAAUUUCGGAAUCUAUCUCCGAAGAAGCUAUACAACAAGAGGAAAUGUCAAAAUUGUCUCCUGAAAAGUAUAGAGAAGAGCAAGAAGAGGAUGCGUCAAAUAUUCUUCAGAACAAAAUUUAUUCUUCUGAUAAAUAUGAGGAGGAGGAGGAAGAAGCAAAGCGUGUUAAUAUCUUAGAAGGUAAUAAGUAUCGAGCAAAUAUUCUCCAAGUACCUGUGACAGAACCGUCUGAAAAACCUAGUACAAUUGCACGCAUAGAUCAAUUUUCUAUAUCUCGAGGAGAUCAUGAAGCAAAGGGAUCUAGUAUAGAUGAAGAUGGCAAAAUUCAACAGCUGACUGCCGAAGCAAAAGCUAUUACUAAACUGGAAGAAAAGACAGAAAUUAAAGAUGAAGAUAUCGGUAAAAUACAAGAUGCUUUUGAGAAAAGCAUUAAAGAUAAAAUUUCAAUUGAGAAAGAAAAUGUUGAACAUAGAGAGGAUAAGUAUAACAUUAAGGAUAAUACAGACAUUCCGGAAGUUGAACAACCAACACAUGUGAUACCUGAUCAGGUAGACAAAACAUGUGAAUUAAAGCACGACGAAAAGACUAUUCAUGAUGAUUAUACAGUGCAAGAUGAAAAAAUGGACAUUUCAGUUAAUGUAGAAAACUUAAAUGAAAAAAAUGAUGAUAUCGACAUUUCACGAGAUAAGCAGGACUCAAAAAUAGGCGAAAACUAUUUCUUGAAACAAAAAGCCACAUUAGAUGCAGAAGGAUCAAAGCAAAUGGAAUGCAAUGACAGAAAAAGGAAAAGAUCUCCUAGCCCAGCAGAAGUCCAUCAGCUAUCUCCUGUGCCACGGAAAACCGAGGAUGAACCAGAUCUUGACGAAUCAGUUGUAAUUUUAUCAUGGUAUGAUUCAGACUUGAAUUUAGUGAUCGAUAAAGAUGGAUUUCUCUCUGCUACACCUAUGCACGAUGGUGAUCUUUGUGACAUGUGGGCUGGUGCAAGAGCAUCUCACGGUGUCUUAAAUGGAAAGGUCUAUUUUGAAGCCAGAAUCACACAACAUUGUCCUACUACCACAAAAGACGAGAAACACUCGCAUAUGCUUAGAAUUGGUUGGUCAGUAUCCUCCUCGUCCAUGCAACUUGGUGAGGAAAAAUUAAGUUACGCAUAUACGAGUGCUGGACAGCAGGGAACUGACAAGAAGUUCACAGACUAUGGGUCCCCAUUUGGCAAGGACGACAUUGUAGGAUGUUAUCUUGACAUGACGCCUGAGAAUACCGUAGAAUUGUUUUACACAAUAAAUGGCAAAAACAUUGGAUCUGCGUUUAGUGUUUCCAAAGAGGAACUUGGCGAUCGACCGUUGUUCCCACACAUUUUGAGUAAAAACUGUACAUUUGCCUGCAAUUUUGGCCAAGAGGAGGCAUGGUGCGAGCAAAUUUCCGGAUACAUUUUAGUGGGUAACAUCGAAUCCAAGGACAAAAUUGCAGGUCCGCGUAGGCCAGAUGAAAAGGCAGAUUGCGAAGUGAUAAUGAUGUGCGGUUUGCCCGCGGCUGGAAAAACUACUUGGGCAAGGAAGCACGCGGCCGACCACCCCGAUAAAUUAUACAAUAUCUUGGCACUCCAUAAUUUGGUUGAGAAAACUGGGGAUAUCGCUGUGUCAGAUCAAGAGCAAAACAUUUGUCAGCGAGAAAUUAUCGAUAGAUGCAACCGCGCACUCGAUCAACUAAUCGACGUGGCAGGUGGUAGAAGACGUAACUAUAUAUUAGACCAGAAGAACAACAUAUAUUCUUCCGUACAAAGGCGUAAAAUGCGAAAUUUCUGCGGGUAUCAACGGAAAGCGAUUGUUGUCAUACCGAUGGACGAGGAGUAUAAUCAACGUUUAUCCAUGCAGAAUACAAACGAAGAAAAUUCUUCAGAAUCCAAUCUUACGGAAAUGAAAGGAAAUUUCACUAUACCUUCGGUGGGAGAGUUUUUCGAUGUAGUGGAGUGGAUCGGUCUUGGCGAGGAAGAAGCUAAGAAACUCGUUGAGAAAUACAAUAAGGAAGGUAAAGAUGCUGGAUUCAGUCAACAGUCUGCGGCAAAACGACCGCGUUUUGAUAAGACUGAGGGUAAUAAAGAAACGCGUGAUUCUCGAAACAGCCGAGAUACUCGAGAUCGAAGAAAUAAUUAUCAAGAUAGAGGUCGCAAUCCUUCUUGGCGCGGCGGUAAUAUGGGCGGUUGGAGAGGAGAGAGACCGCAAAGGGGUGGUUACAUGAGGCAUACCGGUGGCUAUGGCCCCCAUCCUGUUCCGUGGAGACUACGAGGACGAGGUGGACCUGCGAUGGCACGAGGAACAGACAGAAGAAUGAGUGGUGGAGUUGAUAGGAGACAAGGAAAUGACAGAAACCGAUCGGUUGCGCCCAGACAAGGUGGUUGGGGCCCUAUGAGCGGGAAUUAUCAAGGAUCACAACAGUCGAGUUGGGGUCAACAGGACAAUUGGUCGUCAGGAAGCCAAGCUACGGGAAACUGGAAUCAACAGAGUGGUUGGGGACAACAACAGUGGGGAGGCGGUUGGAAGGGAUAUGGCCAAAGCACGUACGGUCAGGCAGGAUACAAUCAACAUGGAUACGGCAACGGUAAUUGGAAUAGCUGGAAUCAACAGUAUUACAACAACCAGUAUUGGGGUCAACAACAACAGAGUGGGCAGACUACUGCAGCUGGCGGCCAAGCUGUAAGCAAACAAUAAUCCACCACCGUAAAUGUUACGAGAACGGAAAAUAAAUGUAAGGAGAUUACAAGUGAAAUGGUUGCAACGACUUCUACCAAUACGGGCGCAGGAUAUACUUACUCGCAAGGAUAACAGACUUUUACGCGAGGACGCGCGUACCCGUUCUAAGUACUACGACAGCAACCACCACGCAACAGUCUCAUUCACAUAAGUAGAGGAAAGAACUUAUACUAUACACGUUAUAUACAUUACGGUAUAUGAAUAUACAUACACAAACACACAGACAGACACACACACACACAGACACACACACACACACACACACACACACAUAUAUAUACAUGUAUAUAUACAUGUAUAUAUGUUUGACAAAUGUUUGAAUUUUUUUUGCGUUGUCAUACAUAGAAUGUUACAUCGACAUAACAGCGGAUAUAGACAGCAUUGCGCUUUCUUAGCUCCGACAAAGAUUCGCACGAUCUUUUUUCAUCUCCAUGCGUAAGGAUAUUACAAAACAUUAUAAAAUCGCAACUUGCGUCGCGACAAUGCAUGUGAGAAAAUCAAUUUUGAAAUAUAAUUGAUAUAUUAAUGAAUUUCUCAAUUCUUACCGGAAACACAGGUCUAAUAAUAUAAGUGCAUUAACGGUAAUGUAACAUUCGCGAGAAAGAAUAUAACUUUUUAUCGCAUCUUAAAAAAAAAAACUAUAAGGAGAAAAGGUAAGAGGAAGAGUACUACGUAUGGGUACAAACCACGCAAGUAGUAUUAAAAGAAAAGAUAGCAAUCACUCUCAAAAGCUCGUGUAAAUAUGUACAGAUCUAAAGUAUAAAGAAAUUACGCAGAAAAAUAUCGAUCUAUUUAUACAUUGAGUAGAUGUAGCGAAUUCGCUUGAAUGCAUCAGUGCACAUUAAAAACUGUGGUAUGCAAAUUGACAUUUUAUUUGGUAUAUAAUAAUGUAUGCAAAAAAAAGCAACAGUUAAACUUCAGAGUUUCUGAAACUCAAUGUAAGUUAACUGUACUGUUUGGUGUAUUAUUUGUUGGCCAUUUCAUUGAUUGCUUAUUUUACAGUUAUCUUGAGACAUAUUAACGUGCGACAAGCUUUAAUCUGCACUAGAGAAUUCGCUGAUAGUGAAACUUUUAGCAGUGCCCUUUUAGAAAGAGAAAAAAAUAUACAAGAAAAAAUAUAUAUUGUAUAUCGUUUAUCCCUAUUCUUAUCUUUCUACACCACCGAGAAUGUAUAAAGAAGAAAAAUAUUAUGGCGCAAAUAAAUUAUUCUUGGACACACGUUUUAUACAUGCAGAUUUUUCAUUGCACAACACGACACGAACGAGGUCUUGCUAUGAUAAUUAACUUGAUUUAUUAAACAGUUUGAAAUAUUUGUAUCUUCUAGUUACACACAGGAAUAGAACACUUUCUCUAGUACUAUUUACCUGCGUAAAUAUGAUUUUGCUGAUUGUAUACUUUUUGAAUGUAUUGCAUGACAGAAAACGACAUUUUUUCUGUAUAUUUAAUUUUGCACAUUGGUCUCGGCUGUCUAUGCGAUAUUCAAUUUAUGAUGUAUUUGUUACCCUACGUACUUCCUCUGCUAGAACAAUUCGAUUCCUUUAUCCUCGCUUGAGGAAAUAAAGAACGAAUGCCUCACGAUUCACGAUGUCUAUCUCAGCCGCACCUUAUCAACAUCUCUUUACAUCAAUUUUGAGAAUAUCACGCGAACCAGUCAGUGUUUACGUACAAAUUCACGAUUAAUGAAUCAAAAAUUAUACGAUUUUGUGAUGAUAAAUGUAACUUGCAUCAGACAUUUGCAACGCAAAUCAUCUUUUGUCGUAAUUAAAAGAACGAAUAUUUGAAAAAAAGCGAACAAGGCAGAUGAUUCCCAUUUCUUCUCACGAUACUUUAUAUUCACUCGUAAGAAAAAUUCUUUUUUCAUGUUCAGAGAAUGAUUGUCUCAUUAGCUCGUUCUUUUCUCCGUACGUAUUGUACAGCGUAUGAUGUUCCGAGCUAAAGUACUUCUGUGUGAAAUGGAAAAUAAUUUAAGUAACGAUUAAGUGUAGCGAUACGCAAAGUUAAAUAUAAUUAAGAGAUAUUAGGAGAGACGAGAGAAAGAGGGAGAUCAGCUAUUUUUUAAGAAAUAAUCAGGAGCUCUAUUUAACCUACACGUAGCGUAUGCUAGUACCUCUGUGUUACCAUAAGUGAAGAAGAAUAAAAAAAGAGCCACAAUAUUGUGGCCUGCAUUGUGUAAUGACGAUAAUCACGCAUAGUAAUUUCUUUUCUAUAUGAUGCAAAAUAUAAUUAAUGCAUAACCUGUAAACUUAAUUGUUGACACAAAAAUGUACAAACAUAUUCAUAAAAAUAAAAGGGUUCUUCUAUUUA